CCUCCCCCUGGUGACCCAGGGCGGGUAGGCUGAGGCUCCCGAGCUCCGGGGUCCCGGUUCUCGCCUGGCUGCCUUUGCCAACCGGGCUGCGGGUGCGGAUCCGGGUCCAGCUGCGAGCCCCAGGUGUAUACACACGCCUCCCAGGCUGGGCCCGCCCAGGGUGUGGAGGGAGCCCAGCCCCAAGCGGUGGCUCCAGGGAAGGCUCAGGGCAGGCUCCCAGGCUCUGCCCGCAAGUGCGGAGUGGAUCACAUUCCGCCCAUCCUGGCCGCGGUGGGGAUCUCAGGAGAACGUAGAGCUCAGACCCGGCGACUGCAACUUACUCACGGAAACAACAAAUCAACUUGAAAGCAUCCAAGACUGUCAUCCUGCAACUGGGCUGGGAAGUGAUAACUAGGGAGCUGGACCCUUUAUUCACUCUCUCGUAGAUUUAAAAGGAUGCGAAGAGAAUAUAAAAUGGCAGAAAUUUAGAGUUAACAUUCAGGAUGAAUGAUGAUAAUUCAGAUAAGACAGAUGAAUUGCGUUAUAUGUUUAUCAGUGAUAAAAACGGGAAUACAUCUGAAUACAACACAAAGCCAUCAUCUACACAGUGCCCUUCAACGAGUCACUGGGAUUGGAACAUUGCAAGCCCAGAUGACAUGGUGGUAGACUAUGUAAUGGAUCCUGCUGUGGACACCAAUGGAAGUGUUUCUGUAAGCCAUCAGCGUGUUGAGCCUUCGAGUGAUUUCAUUGGUAAGCCUGGGUUUGCAGUUCGUAGUGAUCCUACCCAUCAGUCUUCUGCACUCAGUACAACGGAGUCCCCAAACCUGCACAGCAAUUUGGAUUCCCUAGAGGCACUCCAGGGCGAGAGAUUUGAGCCCUCUUUGCCCUGCAUGCGCAAGUCUGAUGGUGAUUUUGGUUGUGCAGACUCCUCUGCAGCUUUGGAGCUAAAACAGACAUUGAACAUGAAAGUAGACUCAAUUAACUGUACCUUUAAAGCACUCCAUUCUAGUGACCAGGGUCAGCCUUUAUAUGCUCCUGGAGGUCUGCAGCCAACGGGUGUGAGAGGUGGAAAUACACUAUCCUGCUCCAAGUGGACAUCACCACAUUCCUAUAAGAAGAAUGUGGGAGGAAUUCAUUAUAAUAGAGAGGGCUUUGAAAACCUUCAAGCCCCACCCUCAGAGGCUCUGAACACAGCCUACAUAAUAUGUUCUGAUGUGCCGAUGCAAACCGAUGGUGAAGACAUUGGAAUUCAAUGUCACUAUUCUUUAGGAAAUGUCACCAAAGAGUACACAGAUGGGACAGAGCAAGGACUCUUUGGAGAGAGAGAGAUACAAGCUGUGACACCAGUUUCUGGUGGCAUGGAGGUUCCCAAUGGGUCUGUAUUACAGGGGUUCUAUUGUGCAUCUGAAGAUGAACCGAACAGUAAGACACAUUCACACGGCUCAUAUGGUCAACAGGAAAUGGGCCAAAAUCUACGAGAAACACUGUCCAACUGUCAUGUUGUUGAAUGCCCUUUACUGGCACCAGCUUUUGAUAAAUGUAAAACCAGAGUCCUGGACUCUGAGUGUAAAGUCACUGUGACUGAAGACCUAGACAUUGCCUCUUAUGACAAUAACUCAGAAAUCCAAAAUAGUGCUGGAGAGCUGACCCUAAGAGGUAUCCCAGGGCAGAGGAUUUCCUUUUAUGAAAUGGCUUGGGACGGAAAUGGUAGAGCUGUUAGCACAAACAGUACAGCUUGCACGUCAAUAUCAACACAAGUUCCGAAAACCCCUGAUAUUAGCCUUACCCUUUUACCUGUUGACAAUACAGAGAUGUGCAAUCUUGUAGAGAAUAGUCCAAGAGAUGGUAAAAAUGCACCAAACUUGAAAGGUGCACCAGUGAAUGUGUCAAAGCCUAAUCUGGGAAAAUCGGCUACCAAAACAAAUACCCCCAUGGGCAGUAAAGUUAGGAAAACAGAAAUCAUACGUUAUCCAAUACCAAACUUCAAGAACAUUAAAGCCAAAGUUAUAUCUAGAUCAGUGCUGCAACCCAAAGACCCUUCCCUACCAAAGGGUACACCCAAACCUCAGAGUACUGGGGUCUCCUCAGCCCCACCAGUGCCUUCUAAACAGUUGACAGUUGUUAGCAAAACAGAAAAAUCCGACUUUACUGCAGACAAAAAAGCAGAACUCCUAAUUAACAAGACAGACAAGCAACCAUUUAAUAAACUCAUUACCAGCCAGCCUGUGCAUGUUACAACUUAUUCUAAAAACGCUUCGCUCAGGGUUCCAAGAACAACAUCUGCCACGAAAUCGAAUCGGGAGGAUGUUGACAAGACAGGUUCUUCUCAUGCAGUGGUUGAGACUGGGUCCGUAGCUGUGUUUUCCCAGAUCGAAGGCAUCCUCCCAGUUAAAAUGAAAAGUUCAGAGUGUUUGGAAGUAACAUAUGCUUCCCACAUCGAUCAGAUUAACCCUGAAAAGGGUGAGAAGGAUAGCUGCACUCCAGUGGAAAAGCAAGAGCUGAGAAAGCCAGAUAUGAACGAGUCUUUUGAAUGCAAGUCCCUGUCUGUGGAUUCUGCACCCAAAACUGCCACCACCCCAGGAAGGAACAUUUCCAAGCCGGACACCUGCAGCCUGAGAAAAGCACCAGGUCUGAAAGCCAAAGUGGGCCCUGCUGUUUCCUGCCUGAGGAGGAAGAGUGACAGUAGAACCCUAGGCUCUGACAGGGCCUUAUUGCCUCAGAGGAUCAGGCGUGUGUCCAGUUCUGCUGGUAAUGCUGCUGUCAUCAAGUAUGAAGAGAAAGCUCCCAAACAAGCCUUCCAGAAUGGGUCAGGAGCCUUAUAUCUGAAGCCUUUGGUCCCCAGAGCUCAUGCACACUUGCUCAAAACUCCUCCAAAAGGUCCUUCAAGAAAGAGUCUAUUUACAGCUUUUAAUUCAGUUGAAAAAGGCCGGCAGAAGAAUCCCAGAAGCCUGUGCAUCCAGACCCAGACAGCUCCAGAUGUGCUGUCCUCCGAAAGAGCACUUGAGUUGGCUCAAUGCAAGACAAAAUGUGAAAACCAAAGCAGAGUCAUCCUGCACCUCAAGCAGCUUCUUUCCUCUGGCAAUACCAAGUCUGAAGCAUUAACAGUUGUGAUCCAGCACCUCCUGUCCGAGCGGGAGGAAGCGCUGAAGCAACACAAAAACCUCUCUCAAGAACUUGUCAACCUCCGGGGAGAGCUAGUCGAUGCUUCAAGCACCUGUGAGAAGCUAGAAAAGGCUAGGAAUGACUUACAAACAGCGUAUGAAGGAUUCAUCCAGAAACUAAACCAGCAACACCAGACAGACCGGACUGAACUGGAGAACCAGCUGAAGGAAUUCUACAUGGUGGAGUAUAAGAAGCUUCGAGACAUCUACAGCGAGGAGGCAGAAAAGUAUAAAACCCAACUGCAAGAGCAGCUUGACAACUUAAAUGCUGCCCAUGAAACCACUAAGCUGGAAAUAGAAGCUAGCCACUCAGAGAAAGUAGAAUUGCUGAAGAAAACCUACGAAACUUCCCUUUCAGAAAUCAAGAAAAGCCAUGAAAAGGAAAAGAAGUUGCUUGAGAAUCUCCUUAAUGAGAAGCAGGAAUCACUAGAGAAACAAGUCAAUAAUCUGAAAAGUGAAAAUGAUGCUUUAAAUGAAAAGCUGAAGUCAGAGGAACAAAAGCGAAUAUCAAGAGAGAAGGCUAAUUCGAAAAAUCCUCAGGUCAUGUAUCUGGAGCAAGAGCUAGAAAGUCUGAAAGCCGUGUUAGAGAUCAAGAACGAGAAGCUGCAUCAGCAGGACAUGAAGCUGAUGACGAUGGAGAGGCUGGUGGACAAGAACACAGCGUUGGUUGACAAACUGAAGCGAUUCCAGCAGGAAAACGAGGAAUUAAAAGCUCGAAUGGACAAACACAUGACAAUUUCAAGGCAACUUUCCAUAGAGCAGGCAGCACUGCAGGAGUCCCUGGAGAAGGAGUCCACGGUCAACAAGAGACUAUCCAUGGAGAACGAGGAGCUGCUGUGGAAGCUACACAAUGGGGACCUCUGCAGCCUCACAAGAUCCCCCACGUCCUCGGCCAUUCCUUUCCAGUCCCCCAGGAAUUCUGGUUCUUUCUCCAGCCCCAGCAUCUCACCCAGAUGACACUCCCGGAACGAGGGAGAGUCUCUGAAGGCACUGAGGUGUGGUUCUGCAGGACUGACCCUCUCGUGGGAACAAGAGCUGAAUUAGCUUUCUGGAAUUUCCACAGGAUAACUGGAAAGCAGCCACCACCGUAUCGGCUACUUACGAGUCAGGAGUUCCGGAGGAAGGCUUUUGACUUGGUCCAGAAGCCUCCUCCAAAAAAUAGAUUCUGGAAUUGAUGUGGACAUAGUUGCACAGAGCACUUAAGGAAUGAGGGAACCUUGUUCUUUUGCCUUCCUUCACCUAACCAUAAGGGGAAACUCUCAGGGCCCUAUUAAGAUAAAGAUUUAUAACCUUUAUAAUAUUCUUCACCAGAGACACCUUCUUGUGAUUUUUUUUUUUUUAUUUCAGUCUCACUAUGGGCAGGGGUGUGUGUGUGUGAAUAAAAUGGGUGUACUAGUGUGUCAUGUCAUGUACUAGUGUGCCCUCUCUUCUGUGUAUUAAGUCAACAGCUGAAUGUAGCUGGUUCUGUAUUAAGUUAUAGUCAGUGUACAUGUGUCAAUAAAAGCCAUAGAAGAGAAAGCAAUAGUUGCUUGAAUUAUUACCAACUCCUCUGGGCACUGUGUGACAUGGCAGGGCGAGGGUGUGACAGGAGAAUCCUUUUGAUUUGUUUUCUGUACAUUUGUUAUCUUUUCAGUGUUCAGUUUUCUCAGUUGAUACAUUUGACUUUUUCUUUUCCUGUAGACUUUUAUGAGCCUAAUAGUUGUACUCCGAUCCAUUUUCUCAGGCUGUGCGCUAAUUUUUCUAAACACAAAUCUGUAUGAAUAAGGAAGUAGUACCAGGGGUUGUUUCUGCUUCGUUUUCACCUUGAAUCUGAGCUGUCUUCAUAGAGGUCAACCUUCAUCUUCUCUCCCCAUUGUCUCCAUCUGCCUCUCCUCCCUCCCUCUAGAGCAACAGCAGCAAACCUUCUACCUCUUUCCUCAUAGAGUGCUGUUCCAGAGCCAGCUUGUCUUGGAGGUGCUGAACCAAUAAGCUAACAUCUGGAUCUGGGAGAACAAAUUUUGGAAACCCGUAGGGAAGUCAGGAAAGAUGUCCUUCAGCAUGUACUAGUGGCCAGCAGCACCCUGUUAGCCAACAGUUGGUGUUUAAUAGGACAAGAGUCUGGGCAGUGAUGCUGACUUUAGGGCCAGCAUUCCUCCUGUCAUUGAAAUGUAACAGGGCAGCCAAAGAGUGAGAAAUGUAGUUUAAGCAACUCCUUCACAUCACAUUUGAAUUCCUUUCCAAAAUUUCAGUUACCACCUUCCCCCCAUUUGAUUUCCUGCCCUCCUCCAUACCAUUUCGGUGUCUGGGAAGUCAGUCUUGCAGCAAUUAAAAUGCCUUCAGGGGCUAAAAGACAAGAGAGAAGAUAGGAAACAAAAUGGAGAGCUUUUAAGGUUUUUUUUAAAAAAACGUUCUCUGUAUGAUACAAAACUGUUGACACAUCGUAAAAUGUGGAUGUGUGAACAAGUGUAGUUUAUAGUGAUGCAAAGUGUAUUUUACUUUGAUCAAAUAAAUAAUGCUAAAAUAUUCAAUAGAAGAACGGCAGCUUCUGACAUACUUUACUCUUCAAAGCCCCAAGGUUGUGUUAUAUACCCCCUUCUCCACACUCAUUAGUGAAGACUCGUCCCUACGCUAUUGUACUGGAUUCCCAACGGAACACCCAUGUUCGUUGUGGGCUAAAUUGGCUCAAAGAGCUUGAGUUUAAGGUUAAGCUUUUCAAAAUUCAGGUCCUGAAUUUUGGCUAGUUUAAACAAUUUCAACUGUAUGGCAUAAGAAAACUGGAACAGCUGUGGUUGUAAGUUCUAUUUGAGAACAGAUCUAGCCAAAGUUGAACCUUAACCUGUUCAUCUAUGUUAUGUUAAAGGAAUUUAAAAUUAGUACCUUCGGUGUGGCAAUGUUAUGUAAAAAUGUGAUUUUUGAUACCUUUAUAAAUUAAUGCACAUUAGCUUUGAUAAAGUGACAUGUCUAAGCCUUUGAAA